AUGAAAACGCCCUCCUAAGAUAAAUUAGUUUAUUAUAUGUCAAAGAAACCUCUAUUAAAUACACAGUCUCUAUGUACAAAUUUUGACUUCUUUUCUAUUAAGACAGUUUGCUUCUAAAAUUCUAAAAUGAAGAUAGGAGUUCUAACUAGUCAGGUCCUUAGAAAUUCUUAUCUCAAAGUAAUUCUAAUAAGUUUAAACAAAAGAAUUCAAGGUAAGCUUCUCUAUAGAAUUUCAGAAAUACUCUCAUAAUUCAAUUUAGCAUUAACUUUAACAAUCCAUGAAGUAUCAAUACUUAAUAACUAAAUUCUCUUCAUUUGUUUAUUCAGUAUUCUCAAUCCUGUAAUCAUCCUUAGAAUGAGAUUUUUUUUAAGAAAAUCAAAGCAAAUAUAGAUUCAAAAAGAUAGCUGCCUUUAUUAGCUAGUUUCUUCUUAUCUUUGUUUUGAUAACACCUAAACUCAUCACAUAUUUUUUUAAUUUUAUGAAGUAUGUAAUUAUCUAUUUUAGAAUAAAAUGCAGUCAAAAUUAAAAAAAAUUGUAAUAGUCUUUGAUACAAAAUCAAAUGAGUAGUGUUAGAGUCAUUUUUAUUUAGGAAGGAUAAUAGUUUAUAGAUUAAUAGCCAGAUGUAUAAUAAAAUAUGGAACUCAAUCCUAUGUUUUAUUUAUUGCACUUUCUUUCAGUGCAUAGUGGUUUAGAAAAAAUAGUUGA